AUGGAGUUCUUAACUGAGGAGCACUAUAGACUCAAAAGCAAACUCAGGGACCUUGAUCAUCAGGAGGAAUUGAGAAAGUCUCUUAUACGACUAUGCGCAUAUAAGCUGGUCUGUCUCUCAAAGAAAGGUAAGGGAGGCGAGACAUUAAAGCCGGUAGAGCCUGUUAACGCUAAUGCACUUACAGAGAAGGUUCACGACUACGAGCGAAGAGUAUCUGUUCUAAAACAACAGCUAUCAACAAAGGAGAAAGUACACGAGGCCAUGGUUGACGAGCUCAGGAACACGAUAGCUGAUUUGAACAGGCAGUUGGAGAGCCAGAGACAGACGGCUCCCUCAAUCACUGGGGUCUCGAAGAGAAGCAGUCUGUUUCUUUCACCGCCAACUUCGGCUCGUCACUUCAAAUCCAUGCCCCAAGUACCUCAAUUCACUGAUCACAGUUUCUUCUCUCCAAAUGACACAAAGCUGGUAUUUAGUAAGCUGGUGUUCUCGCCUGUGCUUUCAAGGCCCAGUCUGGCGGCUUCAAGGGCUCCGCCAUUGGGUUCAAAGGCAAAAAUGCUCAGGGAGAGCCUAGCGUCGCUGGCACACGAGGAUGUGUCUAAACUGCCGCUGGAACCUCCUCCAGCCAAUGUAUUCUCGUCGCCAGCUUCCUCAGCAGAAGCCACGCCCGUUAAACAGGGGCCUAAUGGCGUUGAUGUUAGCAACAUUGAGGCUAACCUGACGGCAAUCAACGACAACAGCACCGUUGACGAAGAUGAGAGUUUCCGAAGCGCAAGCGCCGACUUGCUGAGUCGACAAAUCGCAAUCCCAGGAAAAAGCAGGAAGUCGAAGAUCAGGCUUCUAUCGUCCGAAGCCACGCGGGUGCCGCUGAAUCACAUCAAGAAAAGCUUACUUGUAGAGGAUGAGGAGAUCAACUCGCUUGAUUUCUAUAACGAUGCUAAUUUUGCCGAGGAUAAUCACUCUUCGCCCUUGAAACCUGCCAAGAGGCCUCGUGAGGAGUCUGAGGAGCCCGAGGAAACUCCCAGAAAGAAGCAUGUUUUCAAGAUAUAA